AGCGCUCGUCUGUGUCAGCCAGCGCGGCGAGCGGAGUGGGGCCCUCGGAGCGGGAGCCAAGAAAUCCUCAUUCCUCAAGAAGCCGUGCAGCGACCCAGCUGAGGUCCCGACUCCCAGGCUCCGCUCAGGACCAUGAGACCAGGCUUCUCCAGCGGCCCCCAAGGGGCGAGGAUGGCCGCCCGGCCCACUCCCUGCGGACACCCUCGGACCACCACAUCUUCCUAGCGCCCAGACAGAGGGGCCAUGCCUGGGGAGCAACCCCGUGGAGCGCCGCCCCCAACCAUGACCGGAGGCUUGCAGCCCUGCCAAACGGCCAGUGGCAUAGCCAGUGGCUCAGCUACACAGCACCCUGGCGAGGACAGUGCCCUGGCCAGCAGGUCCACCAAGGCCAUCAGAGAGGCAGGCAGUGGGGCCCAGGCCCUGGAGCCUCCUGAUACCCAGCCUCAGCAGGCUAGGGAGGUGGAGCCCAAGGCCCCACUCUCGAGAACCCAGCCCCUAAUCAUCCCCCAUGGGAAGGGUAGCAGCCCCCAGGCCCCGCCAGGGAGGAUCCACACACAGGCUCCCACGCGGCGUGCAAGCAGGGCAGACAGCAGCCCCAAGCAGCUCUACAGUCUGAGCAUUGUGGGCUCGAAGGCCAGACCAGCCUUGGAUGAGGGCCCACAGCCUGAGGGCCCACAGCGUGAAGCCCCCCAGCCCCCCGAGGCAGAGGCCCCACCUGCCCCAGAAGAGCUCAACUUCCAAAGGUGCUUCCAGGAGACCCCCUCCAGCUUUACCUCCACCAAUUAUACCUCACCGAGCACAACCCCUGGGCCCCCACCCCUCAGGGCCCCCCAGAGCAGCGACGCCAGUCCCUGCAGGCCGGCCUCCUACUCGGAAUUCCAGGCCAGUGGGGCCACUGCCUGGCCUCCCACUGCUGAGAACAACUUUCCAGGUGCUAGUUUCGGGGUGUCCCCCACAGAGCCGGAGCCCUUCCCUGAAGGCAGCAGCCCCAGGGUGGCCUCCUUCCAGUUCCCCUUCCCUGCGCUUCAUGGGGCCGGCCCAAAAUCCUUCCCCGAGGACACAGCUGGGCCUAAGUACUCCAAGAGGGCACUGGUAUUUGCCUUCCCCCAGCCUCAGGGAGCGUGGCCUGAAGAGGCGGUAAGCACGGGCACUGCCUACCCGCUGCCCUCCCGGCCUGCUCCCCAAACCCUGCCCUGCUACCCCAGCCAGCCCAGCGGCCUCAACUCCCCCAGUGACCUCGGCCAUGCUCUCCCCCAACCUGGUGCUGCUCACCCGGUCCCCCACCCCUUCUCAGAGAGCACAGCCACCUUCCCAGACAGUUUGCACAAGAGCCUGACCAAAGCCCUCCCUGAGAGACCACCUUCAGCCCACAAUGGGCUGGGGAGCCCCAGGGGACCCCCAAACUCUCUACCCCAGAGGCACUUCACCGGGCAGGUGUAUGGAAGCCCCAGAGCCAGCAGGGUGGGCACCAGUCCUGGGUCUCUGGACACAGAGCUGGCCACCCCCGGGCCCCUGCCCACCAGACAGCCCCAGCUCUGGGACCCCGCCACAGCCCCUUACUCCACACCUCCCUUGGGGCCUCCAUCCACCGCCAGGAGUGUGUUCUUUGAAGGCCAGCCCAGUCCAGGCCAGCGGCUUGGCCUUCCCCAGAGCCCCCCACUGCCCUGGCCCCAGGUGCUCCCAGCCACUGGGCCUAACCCCCAUCGAGUAGAGAUGCUGAGCCGGCUGCCUUUGCCCCCAGGGGCCCCAGAGUGGCAGGGAGGCAGCCAGGGAGCCCUAGGUGCUGCCAGCAAGACACCCGGGCCGGGAGAAAAGCUGACGUUGCUGAGAAACAGCCCGGGCCAGCAUGGCAGUGGCUCCCCGGGGCUGUUCACCUACAACGGGCUGCAAGACCCCGGAGCCCAGCCCCUGUUCUUCGGGGUGGCCCAGCCCCAGGUUUCACCCCGAGGGACCUCUGGCCUGCCCCCAGCCAGGCUGGUGGGAGCUUCUCCCAAUGAGUCCCCACUGCCUUCACCUGCCACCAACACGGCUGGCAGCAGCACCUGCUCAUCACUGUCACCACUGUCCAGCAGCCCAGCCAACCCCAGCUCAGAGGAAAGCCAGCUCCCCGGCCCACUUGGGCCGUCCACCUUCUUUCAAACCCCUACUCACCCCCAGGAGACCAGCAGCCCCUUCCCGUCCCCAGAGCCCUCACACACCCUCCCCAUUCACUACCAGCCAGAGCCAGUCAAGGCUUUCCCUUUCCCCACAGAGAGGCUGGGGGCCAAGGGAGCCUUCAAACACCUGGAGGAGGCCCCCUUCCCCAGCACGGUCCCUGAUGUGGGCAGCGGGGGCCUGGAGGGCUUCCCCCCUGAGCCGCCCCCGUACUCUGCCCACCACUUCCCACUCAGCAGUGCCAGCCUGGACCAGCUAGAUGUGCUGCUCACCUGCAAGCAGUGUGACCGCAACUACAGCAGCCUGGCUGCCUUCCUGGAGCACCGGCAGUUCUGCAGCCUGCUCCUGGCCAAGACCCGGGAGAGACACCAACAGCCCUCGGGGCUCCCCACGCCCCCCGCCACCCCCUCUGUGCUGGCCUCCCCCAAAGCACCAACCGGCGGGAACCCAAGCCCGCUCGGCCACACUAAGACGGUCCCCUUCCUGCUAGGGGGGGAUGUCCGAGUGGACGGCAAAGAUGACCCCUUGAGGACAAGUUUCUUGCCUGGCCUGGCUGCUGCCCCUUUCCCUCUCCCUGCCUCGGACCUGGACCUGGAGGACGACGCCAAGCUGGACAGCCUCAUCACCGAGGCACUCAAUGGCCUGGAGUACCAGUCAGACAACCCUGAGAUCGACAGCAGCUUUAUCGACGUCUUCGCCGACGAGGAACCUUCUGGCCCAAGAGGUCUCAGUUCUGGGCAGCUGCCCAAGACCAGAGUGGGGGCCAUGCCAGAGAACAAAGCCCAGCUCCCUCUCCCGGCCGUGGCUGCCCCAUUGGAACCCCAGGACCCCCGCCCUGGGAACAGGAGCUACCUGGCCCGCAACAGACCUAAAACCCGCUCCCUGGGCCCAGUGUCUGCAGAGGCCGAUGGGGCCAGCCUGGCCAGCCAGCAGAGGAAAGGGAAGCAGUUUAAGUUCUUCCGGAAAGAACUGGGCACGGCCAACACCACCAAGAGGCCGGGCAGGAACACCAGAGCCACCUGCCUAAGGACCAAGAGGAAGGGCAACAGAGCUGAGCCACCACACCCCCGGGACCUUAGAACUCAGGGCCCCAAGGGCCACACAGAUCCCAGUGGCCAGGCCCUCCCAGUGGAGACCAGGAGCUCUAAGCGCCUCCGACUGUCUCCCGGAAAGGAUUCCAGGAGGAGGAAGACGCGGAGUGGCACCUGGAGCAAGGAGCUCAUCCACAAGAUUGUGCAGCAGAAGAACCAGUUGCACAAGCGGCAGGUGCGGCAGGACCAGGAUGGGCGCGUCUCCCUGGCGAGCCAGAGGCCCGAGCCCAGCACCCUGGAUGGCGGGCUCCAGGAGUACGACUAUGCCUCGGAGUCUGAGGAGGAGGGUGCCUUGCAGCCACGGGGCUCCCGCGUCACAGGCCAGCCCCGCCACGGCUCUCAAAGGUGGCAUCGGGGUGAGAAGAGAAAGGAAGUGGACUUGGCCCCGGGUUCCCGAGAGGAUCGAGAGCAGCGGAAACCCAAGAAGGUCGUGAAGCAGGAAGUCAAGAAGCCAAGUGAGCCUUGCCCAGGCCCAGUUGAGAGCCCUGAGGCCAAAGCGGGCCCUAAGGAGAGAAGCCCCAAGCAUCUCCUGCAGGUUCCCACCAGCGCCAAGACCCCAGAGGAAAACCACCCAUCACUAGACUUUCCCCAAGAGACCAAGAACUCUGAAAUUGCUGAAGAGUUUCCCCCUGAUACCACAAAGCUGCUCAGAGGCGUUUCCAGUUCUUCUCCAGCCACGUGUGUGGAAGGAAGUCCCUGUCCCCCGGCCCCAGAGCAACCACAGCCAGGCAGAGAGGACACCAUGGUGCCCCACAGGAGCUCACCAGCACCAGGUGCAGGCAGUCUGCUGGGCGUCUCCCCAUGCACAGAACAUCCCAUCUCUGGUGACAAAGAGGACCCUCCUGCCUACCUGCCAAGAGAAUUACUGGUGCCUGUCAUUAACACCACCACUGCCUACCCUGAGCCCAACAUCCUAUUUUUAAAGACCCCUGAUCUUGGCUGUGACCCUGCUCUUUUUAACAGAGACUCUGUGGCUCCAGCUACCAAAAAGGGGCCCCAGCCUUACAGUAGCCCCCACAGUGAAUUGCUCCUUGGACCCAAAGAACUGGCUGGCUGUUUCCACGAAGACCUAUACUCCAAGCCCUCAGCUCUAGACACUCUGCCAGCCAGCAACAUGCACCUUCGCCAGGAUGGUGUGGACACCAGUUCCCUCAAGCCAAAACCUCCCAGGAGUCCACCCUACACAGCCGACACAGACCCACACAAAGCCAAAUCACCGCUGACCUCGGAGUCCACGCCUCUCCUCUCAGGGCUGCCCAUGGAUGGCUUCAACUCGCCCAUCUAUAGCAGCCUGUCUGGAAAUGAGGAUACCAACUCACCAUCUGUGUGCACCGAACCUCCCCCAAGGAAACCCCAGCUAGACCCACCAUACCCCUCACUUCUCCCUGAGAAAGGCUGGUCCUUGCUGGAGGAAGUGUCCCCGAUGCUGUCCAGCCAUCUGGGCCAUUUUCCUGAUCUCUUAGGGGAAAAGGCAUUCAGUAAAAAGCGUCCCUGUGAAGGGACAGUGGCCUCCAGUCCUUCCCCUUUGCCCGGCAAGGUUAGUGAAUGUAGCAUCGCUUUUAUGAACAGCCUGUCUGAGGAUGAAUUAGAGAUCAAGAGAUUGGUCACCGAAUUAGAAAGUCAGUUGCAAAGUCAGGAUGUACAUGAGGCCCCAGGCGAGUUGUGUGGAGCUGAGCACAAAGGCAAGGUGUGCUCGGGCACAGGCACCCCUCUGCCUGGCCACCAGGCCACCUCGCCCCGAAAGGACACAUUCUCUGCAACUGACCUCACUGGUCUUGAGGAACUGAGUCCACGCCAGGAAGGGGCAGAAACAACUGUAGCCACCAAACAGGGGACUCUGGGGAGUCCCAAGGAGGAAUGGCCCUCAUUCCAUCCGGGAGAAGCAGCCCCUCUCCCUAGCACCCACAGAGACCGGAUUUCUGGAGCUCCUUUCAGCCCCACUGGAGCCAGCCUCAGUUUCCAGCCAGUGCAGAAUGUGAGAAUCUCCAGGACGGGGCUUCCCGAGGCAGAAGAGAGCUGUAGGGUCCGCCCAGAAGCCUGUCUGCCCGACCCUAGAGAGCCACUCAAGCCUCCAUCAGAAAGGGAGAGUUUAGUAAAAUGCAGCCCAAACCAUGAACCUUUACUUCUUAAAAAUGACACAGCCACCAGAAUCCAUCACAGCAAAGACAUCCUGCUGCUCCUUCCCUGCACACAGAGAAGAGGGCUAUUCCCAGGAUCCCUCAAGGCACAGGGGCCCUGCCAAGAUGCGCCUGAGCUGGAAGCACUCAGCAGCCCUGUCGCCCAUCUGGCACCUGACUUGGCAUUUCAAGGUGCCAGGGUUCUGCAUCUGGGUGCCACUCCACCUUCUGGUGCCAGUCACAGUGAUAUCACCAAGGGACACUCUGUAAGCAUCACAGGCAGGCCAGAAGGAGCAGGGCCCCACCACCCUGUGGUGGGGGGCCUUGGCUCUGAGGAUAAUAAGGAGUUUGCACCAGCGGGGGCCUCCCACAUCCCCACCAAGGGACACUCUGUAAGCAUCACAGGCAGACCAGAAGGAGCAGGGCCCCACCCUGUGGUGGGGGGCCUUGGCUCUGAGGAUAGUAAGGAGUUUGCACCAGCGGGGGCCUCCCCACAUCCUGCUUGUGUGCCUGAUGCCAGUCCUGGCAGGAAGCCCCAGGACCCAGCCACAAGCCCCCUAUGUCAACUCCAGCUCCUGGUGGCCAGAGCAGCUGAGAAUGAAAAUGACACACAGGGGUUACAGGGGCCUCUGCCUGCCAACACCCAGAACCUUCAACAGAGCAGUCCCUCAGAUCGGGAAGGGGAGAGCAUAGAAGGUGAGAACGUCACUCACAGUCCUGCUAAGAGCUCUGAUAGGGGCGUGCAGAUGACAUCUGCCCCUGAAAUGACCAGAUGUCAGCUGGGACCAGAGACAGAUGGACAUCUGGGCUUGCUCGGCCAGGCUGAGAAGCUCAAAGGCCAAGGCAAAGCCAGCCAACUACAGCCAGAUUACUGGGGGACCCCAGAGGAGCCAAAUGACCUUGCCACAGUCAAUGCUGAUCCUGAAACCACACAGGCCAGCCCAGCUGGGGCUGCAAACCAACUAACGGGACAGCUCCAGGGAAGCAGGGCAGCCUUGGGCCUUCAGAAUGAGGCACGGGCCAUCCCAAGCCCUACCUCUGAUGCAGCGUCUUUUGUCCCGACCUUGGCAGCAGCCCACUCCCAAAAUGAGCCUGAGGACUGGACUCCAGAAGAGGCAGCCAGCCCAGGCCUUAAGAAGCACCUAUUCCUCUGUGGGGAGAGCCCAGAACCCCCCAUGAGUAACCUAGCCAGAUGUGCCCCCUUGCCCAUUUCUGUAGCUACCCCUGUUCCCUGCGGCCUUGAGCACCUGCUCCAGGAAGACCCUCCCACGAUGCCUUCAGGUGAGCUGAGGGGGCUGGUCCCAGCCUCUCUAUCCUGCAGAGACCCUACCAGCCCAAAGCACCUGCCAGCCUGUUCCUCUGCCUGGACAACUCCAAAAAGGGCUGACUGUACCCCAGCCCCCACAGAUGAUGGGGCUGGGGGGCCCCCCGCGGCACCCUCAUCUUUAAGGACAAGCCCCUUUGGCCUCAAGGAAAGUCUGGCUUGCUGCCCUCUCCUGGGAGAACACAGCUCCCUGGAAGACCCUCCCUUGGGCCAGCCCAGUUUCGUCAAUGUCUUCACUCCCACCCAUGUUGGGGACCACCUUAAAGGCCACAUUUCAAGAACCCUAGAGAGUUCCAGAAAAGAAAGGCUGAGGGGAUCUUCUGUCUGUGACGCCCCUCCUCCCCCAAGAGUGACCAUCAAGGCUGUUGCCCUACCCAGCAUUCCCACCACAGGCAUGGCGGCAGUCGGAGGCCCCAGGGCUGAGUGUCCAGACCAACGCUGCAGGGGAACCCCACCCCACACCGGCCCUGACAGGAUGCCCAAAGGCCCCUCCUCAGAACCCCCAGGAAAAGGGGAAGGCCAGAGCACCACUACUGUGCCUGCCGACCCUUCCACCCAGGGGACCACAGGGCCAGAGCCCCAUGCCUGCUGGGAAGGCCAGGUGGGGGCCAGCUCCCAGGGCCAGGAAGAACUGGAGAUACCUGGGGCUGAGCACCCUGGCAUUACAAAGGCCUCCGAAGCUGGUACUAGGAGCCCAACAGUCACUCGCUCUUACGAAGAGCUCCACCCAGGCAGAGCCACCUCUCUGAACAGCACAGCCAGCAACUCCAGAACCGAUUCCCCCCAGAGCCUCAGAAAUGUCCUCUACCAGAUGCCCCAGGAGGACACCCUCUGUUCCCAGGACCCCAGACAGAAGCCUCGUGGCUUUAGAAAGAGACCCGUGUCCACUGAGAAUGGCCACUGGAAGGACCGAGACCCCAGCGGGCAGCCCGUGACUUGUGAGGUUUGCUCGGCUACCUUCCGCUCCAGGCCGGGCCUAAGCCGCCACAGAGCCAGGAAGCACAGGCUGCACAGGGGGGCCACCUCCCAGCCAACUCCCCUGGUGCUGCCCACUCCCCACCCUGGGGAGCCCGCAGCCCAGAUGUGCCGCACCCCUGGAAAGAAAAGCCGCAGGGCACCUGGAAAGGAGAAACUGAAGCACGGGCCGAGUGGCCCCAGCCACAUUGCUGGUUCGCCUCCCAUCCAGGGCUCCACGGCUCCUGAAGACAUCCCAGGUCCUGACACAUCCAAGGGGCUCAGGCGGGGGCUUGGCAUUCUGGGAACACCAGGUUGUCCCCCCAGCCGGGAACCACAACCCCCAGGCCUGGUCAAGCAAGGGGUGGACAUGAGUCCUGCAGAGCCCAGGAAACGGGACCGCCUGGAGAGGAAUGAGCCUCGUCCCAAACAGGCAGCGAGAGGAGGAGGCCGGAGGUGGGGCAGAGAGCCCACAGACGUCCCCAGCAAGUCAGAGGGAAAAUCAAAUAAGAAAGCGAGAAAGCCAAGAACGAGAAGGUUCCGGGAGGAUAGUAGUCCUCCAGUCUCUCCUGAUGUGAUUUCAGAUAGGAGCCCCUGGAAUCCAUCAGCUGAGGUUGCCAUUUGCCCAGCCCCUCCGAGCCACUGCCUCUCACCAGAGGCAGAGCUGGAGACCGAGGUCAUACAGCCACCUCUCCCUGUGGCCACAGACCUGGAGAAGAUGGCCACACAGAAGUCACCUGGGAAUUGGGUGGCCCGUCCAGGGAGGAUGAAGGGGGUGUCUCCCGGGGAAGGACCAGGGGAGCAGAAGGCAGCUUCGGCAAGGGGGUGCCAGGGAUCCAGAGACACCAGGACAUCGGGCAUCUACAGAGGGCCAUCACAGGCAGCUAAGGGUAAGCCUGCAAGGAACAGCAGAGUGGCCAAGAGUGAGUCAGGGCAAGGUGUCUGCGAGGGGCACAAGCCCCCAUCUGGACCUCCAGGACCUCCAGAGAAUUGUGGUUCUGAAGCAGGCAGCACCAUCAGCACUUGCCUCCAGAGCCCCCUGCACAGCCCAGAAGACAGGGUCCAGGAACAUGAGUGUGUGGCUCCUGAAGCCCCCAGCUCGGGUCUCAGGGACCCUCAUAGCUUGUUUGAUGAUGAAGCCUCCUUUUCCCAGCUCUUCCCUCUGGGCAACCGCUUAACUCGGAAGAAGAACCCCCGAGUCUACGGGAAGCGCUGUAAAAAGCCAAAGCCCCCGCCACCGCUGGAGCCCAGUGGCGAGUUCCAGGGCAGCGCUGCUCUGUCCUCUGCCCGCCUGCCCACAGACCUCAGUGACUCGGGCUCCCUCUGCUUGUCCCACGAGGACCCGUGGAGUGACGAGGCCGUGAGCCUGCCCGAAUCCUUCCUCCUGGAGGGCUUCCUCAGCAGCAAGAUGCCUGGCAUUGACCCCUGGGCCCCUGGGCCCAGACCGUGGGCCCUGGAGCCUGACCUGGAUGCAGACUAUGCCAAGCAGGGGCCCUCCUGCAGCGCCGAGGAUCACCCAUCAGAGAACAUCCCUGAGCUGCACAUGGUCCCAGAAGCUUGGCGAGGCCUGGAGCUGCAGGCUCCCACUGAUGAGACCACCUCUUCUUUCGGAGACAUGAGCCCCGAGCCUCCCAACCUGGAACGAGAACACUAUGACUGCGGACUCCCAGGGAACGCCAUGGAUCUCGAGAGCUUCGGCGCCAAACUUGAAAUGCAAGAUCUGUGCUUCCUGGGACCCUGUGAGGACCCUGUGGGUCUCCCCAGCAUGAGCUUCUUAGACUUCAAGGCCACAACAAACUCCCAGGGACCACGAAGCGAAAGGACAGAGGAGGCAGCCGGGGCCAGAAGGACCCCAGGCAGGCACAGGCAAGCCAAGGCCGGGAGGGCACCCUACAAGUGCAGGGUGUGCUUCCAGCGCUUCCACAGCCUCGGUGAGCUGGACCUCCACAAGCUGGCCCACAGCCCCUCGCCUCCCCCCACUUGCUACAUGUGUGUGGAGCGCAGGUUUGGCUCUCGUGAGCUGCUGCGGGACCACCUGCAAGAGAAGCAUGUACAGGGCCGGGCAGGGCUGUGGGCCUGUGGCAUGUGCCUGAGGGAGGUGGCCGACAUCUGGAUGUACAAUGAGCACUUGCGGGAGCACGCCCUUCGGUUCGCCCGCAAGGGACCGUCACGGAGGUCCCUGGGGGACCCUCCUAGAUGCUGGGAGGGGGACAGCACUGUCACACACUUUCUGAGCAGCAUCAUGGGGCAGGUGUCCAAACCCCACAAGGGCAAGUGCUCAGUUGGCCAGGCAAAUGAGGGCCCUGCAGAGAGGGAAAGGGCAAAACCCAAGGCUCGCGCCAACAACUCAAACCAGGAUGGCGCCUCGAUGACAGACAGCACCUUGGCCAAUGGCAGCCCGUCAGCCUGCAAAAACCCCACUCCUCCCAGCAGUUCUGCUACUCUCCCCAGCUCCACCAAGACGUGCCCCAACCCGUCCCCUGACCCCUGCUCCAAUCGCGAGCUUCUCCUCCACAGCAUCCCAGUGCACCAGGACUGCAAGGACCCCUCCCGCGACUGCCACCACUGCGGGAAGCGGUUCCCCAAGCCCUUUAAGCUGCAGCGCCACCUGGCGGUACACAGCCCGCAGCGCGUCUUCCUGUGUCCCCAGUGUCCACUGGUCUACCCUGAGCCUCGUGAGCUCCGCAUGCACCUGGCCAGGGAGCAUGGAGUGAGGGAAGAGCAGGAGAUGCAGCAUACCCUGCUGUACACCUGUGAGCUCUGUGCCAAUGUCACACACAUCAGCAAGAGAUCCUUUGUCUGCAGCUCCUGCAACUACACAUUCACCAAGAAGGAGCAGUUCGACCGACACAUGGACAAACACCUGAGGAGGGGGCAGCAGCCCUUCACAUUCCGUGGGGUACGGAGGCCAGGAGCCCCUGGGCAGAAGGCCCCAGCUCGAGAGGGCACACUGCCCAGCAAACGGCGAAGGGUGGCCACGUCCAGCAGCGCCCCCGGGCCAGUUGUGGACCAGUCUCUACCCCUGGACAGCAGCCCCACCCUCAGUGAGGUGACCACCCCAGCCCUGCUCCAGCCCUGCCUGGAGGCGGCUCCAGGUGGCAUCAAGGGUCAGCCCAGGACCCCAGAGAGACCCAUGGACCCUGUGAGCAACGUGGUCAGGGGGAGCAAUCUGCCCUCUGACCCCCAGGAGCUCUUGCUCCCAUCUCUGUCUCCUUUCCCAGCGGCCUCAGCUGGUGGUAAAAAUGGCCACAAGCCAGACCAAGCCCAGGAAAGCCACACAAACGAGGCUUCCCCAGGCAGCCCAAGGCCUCUUCUACAGCAGGCUUUCCCAGUGGAGGGGCCUCUGCCCUGGCCAGGGGCCAGAGGCCGAACUAUAGAGGAACAGAGGCCUGUUGGCCUGUUCUCAGGGAAAUGCAGGACCCCAGGUACCCCUGGCAAAUGUGCCCCUGCCUAUUGCCCAGAAGCACCCUCCCUGCUCCAGAAGAAGCAGGUGUCUACAUGCCACGUGGUGCCUGAGGGGAACACAGGGGGCUCUUCCCACAAAGGCAGUACUGCCAAGCAUGGGGGCUGCCGGAAUUCAUCGAAGGACAAGUCAGCUUUGUCCACCCCCAACAAAGCACCCAAGUUCUCAGUGCCAUCAAAGAAGGCCACGGUCAGCCCAACACCUGGAGAACCAACCCAUGGCACUGAGGACAAGCAGAAGCCCACUGCCCUCAAAACCAAGCCGGGCCCCAACAGUGGAGGCCAUGGAGGCCAACAGCACAGCACCAAGACAGCAGGUGGCAGCCAGCCCCAGCCAGCCAGCGGGCAGCUCCAAAGCGAGACAGCUACCACCCCAGCCAAGCCCAACUGCCUAGGCCAGAACCCCACCCCAGACAAGCCCCUGACUCGAGCUCCAGCCAAGAGCUACUCUAAGGCACCAAGGGAAGCUGGUAACCAGAGGCCCCAGGGGAGCCCGGGCCCCAGGGAGGAUGGGGAGGGCAAAGAGAAGAAGAGAAAGGGCCGGGCCCUCGGACCAACCAAGAACGAAAAUGUGGGGAGCUUGGGGAGAGCUUCAGUCCCUGACAAACCACCCCGGGCUCCCCGAAAGCAGGCUACUCCCAGCCGUGUGCUCCCCUCCAAGACCAGAUCCAGUAGCCAGAACAGCGCAACGCUGCCCCAGCCCUCUGAGCAGCAAAAGGGGGAGCCUGGCCACUCAUACCGAGACUUCAGACGCAACAAAGACGGGCUGGGCAAGGCCUUCCCUGAGGCGAGACCCCUGCACAGGCCCCCUAAGAGGGGCAGAGCUAUCCAUGGUGCUGAACCUGCCAACCCCCGUGCCUGCUGGACAGCUGAGUCCCAGAGCGACCUCCUCAGCCAGCUCUUCGGACAGAGACUAACCAGCUUCAAGAUCCCUUUGAAAAAGGACCCUUCUGAAUAAUUUAUAGGAGUGAGCAAGUGCAUGGGAGAAGGGCUGGGGGACAAGCCCAGCAAAUGAGGGACUCCUGUCUACACUGGUGAGCUUCAGUCUUCUGAGAGAGUUCGCUUGGAGGCCACAUCUUAAUCCAUCUGACUUACCAUACAGAUGCUCAGACUUCGGUGUUAGAGUUGAGACUAAUGCUUUGAGCAGAGCCUGGGGUGGAUGGACAGCUAGAAGGCGAGGGUGAAGGGCAGGCCAGCUGCAGUCUCUUUGAGACCACACAGCUGUUUUCUCAGUACCAAGAACUUGAAGGAAGAGCAGCUCACACCCCACAUACUGUGUGCUCCGGUUGUGUAGGCACAAUACACCACAGAAGCCCCUCCUUUGACGGUUUGCAGAGGAUCCCCCUCCCUAUGUCAGCUAUCAGGGAAGUGCAAUGAGGCAGCCAUGGUCAGAAGGCGGCAGACCCCUCUUAGUCUUGUUGCUGCUGUAGCUGGAAUUCCAAAGUGGCUUUACAAAUCAAAUGGGAUGGGGGGUGGGGAGUGGCAGGGCUCUCCGCCUAGAAGAGUGGUUUGUGAGCUGCCUGACCCCCCCCAGAGCACAACAGGCCUUCUCUGACAACACGAUCUUGACGGCCACUGUCUGUACCACCAGCAGAAGCAUUGGUCUCCAAUGCACCUUGACCCCUGAGGACCAGGUUCAUAUCCAGACAGGGAGAAAGCUGCUCACUGGCUAGCUUCUACCGGUCCACUGGUUGGUCCUCCCUCCCCAUCCCACCCCUCUUCCCCCGGCCCCAACCCAGCCUCUGCAAUUGAUUUCUAGAGCCUUCCUCCUACACGGAGCUCUCGCUGCAAAUAUCAGCAAUUUAGCUCUGAAGUUUCUGGUGCUAUUUUCAUGUUGUAAUGUGAAU